UUGAAAUGCGCGGGUGGCAGACAUCAGUAUUUACAGUCGUAGCUACGUAAAAAAAAACGGUGCUAUAUUUGACUGGAAAGAGGGAAGCACCGGCGGUUUGUUUGGGACUAGGGAGGAAGCUUGCAGGAAAAAGCGAUGAAAGAGCUAUAAUUAUCUCAAGAGUUUUUUUUUUCUUGUUCCGAUGUCUCAGGGACAGUCGCUUUGAAGAAGAGGUUGUCUGGAAACAUGGAGGAAUAGUGUUGAACACGGAUAUACAGUAUUGUGAACGCAGAUACAGUGUAUAUGAAACUUUGCGCUUUCAAGCUCACAGACUGAGCUGUUUGAAUUAGUUUGUCAAUAUUUAUUCGUUUGGGACUGUUUGGAGCCAUCUGCACUCUUCCCGUUGAAGGUUUAGGACUGCAGCAAUGAUGGACAACAUAGACCUCGAGCAGCAGGAACCGUUUCCUGUGGACCGAGACGGGAGACCGAUAAGGAAUGAAGAAGACGAGCCUGAUGGGAACAGGAAGAUGGGCUGUUGUGAGAAGUUUCAGCGGUCUAUCUCCAAAUGGAUGCUUCCAGAAAACCACCGUAAUGUGUACCUGGAACGGGCCAACUGCUGCCCGCCUCCCAUCUUCAUCAUCCUCGUCAGUAUUGGAGAGUUGGCAGUGUUUAUUUACUACGCUGUGUGGAAGCCACAGAAGCAGUGGGUGACUCUAGACGAAGGCAUCUGGAACAGUCCCCUUACAUACAAGCCAGAUCACCGGCAGGAAGCAUGGCGCUUUGUCUCCUACAUGUUUGUCCACGCUGGUGUGGAACACAUUGUGGGCAACCUGAUAAUGCAGCUGCUCCUGGGCAUCCCGUUGGAACUGGUCCAUAAAGGAUUUGAAGUGGGAAUGGUUUACCUUGCUGGUGUCUUGGCAGGCUCUCUGGCCAGCUCCAUCUUUGAUCCUCUCAGUGCCUUGGUGGGGGCCUCUGGGGGUGUUUAUGCCCUCAUUGGAGGCUAUUUUAUGAAUGCAGUGGUGAAUUUCCGAGAGAUGAUUCCUCUCCUUGGAGUGUUUCGUAUCCUUGCCAUAGUGAUGAUUGUUGGUGUAGAUUUUGGAUUUGCCUUCUACAGAAGAUUCAUCAACCAUGAGGAUGGUUUGAAGGUGUCUUUUGUGGCCCAUUUUGGAGGAAUUGUGGCAGGGAUGACCAUCGGCUACGUCUUCUUCAGUGCUUACAACACAAAGCUACUGAAAGACCCGCGUUUCUGGAUUUGUAUAGUGGGCUAUGUAGUCUUUGUGCUCUUUGCUGUACUCUUCAACAUCUUCCUUUCACCAGCAUCAUAGGACCAGAAAUCAGCAGUCAAACACCUUUUUUUAAAGAUUAACACUAAAAGCCUUAAUGUCACACUCAGGAAACUACAUUUUACUGAUGGUCCAGAGCAAAGUUGUUUUUUUGCUUUGUGAAUGUAAUGCACAGGGUUUAUUUUUAAAUUUUAUAUCAGAUUUUCCUUUUUUAAAGUGCUGUAUUUGUGAGUUUAAGUGGAUGGGUGCCCCCUGCUGUUUAUUUGUAGCAUUGCAGAAGGUGUAUUUUACAUUUUUGCCUUUUUAAAAAGUGAAUCAUUUCA